AUUCCAGUUUCAAGCAUGACUGGGUCUGCCUUAGCUGAUGUAAUAUUUGACAAUCUUGAAAAAUUCAAACUUAAUAUAAAUUUGAUACGUGGGCAAGGGUAUGAUGGAGCUCGUGCAAUGAGUGGGCAAUUCAAUGGGCUUCAAGCAUUUAUAAAAAAAAAUGCCCAACAGCUAUAUAUGUCCAUUGUGCUGCUCAUUCCCUCAACCUGGCAAUAUCUAAUGCAUGUUCUUUGCCAUUGAUAUCAAAUUGCUUAGGCAAAAUAUCUAGCAUCUAUGAAAUGUUUAGAUAUCCCAAGAGACAAAAUAUUUUGAACAGAAUUAUUUCUGAAACUCCUUGUCCAACAAGGAGGAAAAAAUUGCAAAAAGCUUGUCCAACAAGAUGGAGCCUUCGCCAUCAAGCUGUGACAUCUUUUAUGGAGUUAGAAGAACCAAUUAUUAACGCUCUUACCGAAAUAUCACAAUGGUCUGAGAGAGAUAUUUCUACAGAGGCUAGCAAAUUAUUAGAUUCCAUACUUAUACCAAAUUUUUUUUUCUCAUUACAAUGUCUUAAUAAAUUAUUUAAUUAUACUACAAUUUUAUGCAAUACUUUUCAAAAACUCGAUAUUGACUUGAUUGAGGUGAUGAGAAUAGCAGAGAGUAUUUUAAUAGAACUCAAUGAAAUUAGAGCUAAUGUUGAUGACGAAUUUCAUAUUUUAUAUGUUAUUGUUGAGUCAAAAGCACAACAAUAUGAGUUUAAUAUUUGUCUCCCUCGACUUGCAGCAAGGCAAGCUCAUCGUCCAAACAUUAAUAUCGGGUCAGUCGAAGAAUAUUAUAAAAUAAAUCUCUUUAUCCCUCUUUUAGAUACAUUUAUAACACAAAUAAACGAACGGUUUUUAAUUCAUAGGGCAGCACUUAGCAAUAUGCAGAUAUUAUUACCACAAAAACCCUCCCAACCUUUUUCAGAUGGUGAUAGAAAUAAAAUAAAAUAUUUGGCAAAUUUUUAUCAUGAAGAUAUUAAAGUAUCUUAUGAUGCCUUAUUGGCUGAAUGCCAACUAUGGUAUAAAAGAUUAACCAUGGUUGAUAUAGUCCCAAAAAAUGCUAUGGAUGCUUUGCAUCAAUUCAAACAUAUUUUAGAUUAUUUUCCUAAUAUAUUAAAAUUAUUAUAUAUAUUAGCAACUAUUCCCAUUAGUACUGCAACUAAUGAGAGAACCUUCUCUUCUUUGAGAAGAAUAAAAACCUACCUAAGAAGUACAACUUCUGAAAGUAGAUUGAAUGGUUUGGCCCUAUUGAAUAUUCAUAGGCAUUUGACGCCAAGCACGGAUGAGAUAAUUGAAAAAUUAGCUCUAUCCCAACGAAAAUUGGAUUAA